AUGAACCAGACAAGUCCUCCUCCUUCGUAUCCCCAACCGGCAUACCAAGGAGAGUAUGGUCAACAGCAGCAACAGGGCUAUCAAUCUCCACCGCCUGGCGCUGCAUCGGAGUUCUAUCAACAGGGCCAACAAGGCUACAAUUAUCAACAGCAACCGCAAGGUUAUCAACAACCUCAGCCUUAUCAGCAGGGGCCACAGUACUACCAACAGCAGGGCCAGCCACAGUAUUACCAGCAGCAACAGCCCCAGGGCUACUAUCAAAAUCAAAACCAAGGUAACCGUGGCAUGGGCUCCGCUGGUGGCAUUUGCGCAGGACUGCUCGGCUGUUUGACGGUCUGUUGUUGUCUCGAGAUGCUCUUUUAA